GCAUUCGUAUCUAAUCUUUUUUGGGCAAGAACGUCAACGAAUGUAACUUUUUGGCCAGGGAAAAUCGUCUUUCUCAGUAAACUCAGCAAUGAAUUUCGAUGACGUAAUAUAUUUAGGACUGCUUAUUGGCUGCAUUGCAUUUGGCGAGGUUUACAGGAAAGUGCAAGAGCCAGAAACCCGAAAAUGGAUUGGAACAUGUGUGGGGUUGGUGGUAGUUCUUGCGGUGUCAGGAAUCCACCUUCUGCAUCCUGUGUUUCUCACUAUCACCAACAUCCUGAUUUUGACCUUCGUCGAUAAAAGUUUGUGCCAUGUUGCCAGUUCUUCUGGAGUUUUUCCUAUUUUAUUUUUCCCUUCCGAUGUUAUGCACUACGUUGGAUUUGAAAUGCCACCUGCUCAUACAAAUGCCAUACUAAUGAUGAUUACACUAAAGCUGGUUGGAGUUUGUUAUGAGGUUCAUGAUACUUGGAAGAAGCGUGGACUCCUUAAGAAAGAGGAAGAUGAAGAAGUUAAAGCCAAACUAAAGCAAGAAUUGAAAUAUGAAGAAGUUGAUCCUUCUCCAGCAGACAUAUUUCACUAUGCUUUUAAUUAUGUUGGUGUAUUAACAGGUCCCUACUACAAGUAUCGAGUGUACGCCGAUAUGCUGCAUGGAACUUUUGUUGAUAGUGGACUUAACUGUGUACAGGCAAUGUUACAAAGGAUCUGGGUUGUCCCGCUAUAUUCUGUGGCAUUUCUUAUCACAUCUCAUUUCUUCCCAUUAUCGUUUGCAGAGGGUGAUACAAUCUUCACGGAUUACAGUUUCUUUUACCGAGUUUGGUAUAUGACACCAGUGUUCUUCACUUUUCGAAUGCGUAUAUACUGUGGAUUUGUACUGUCAGAAUGUGUUUGUAUCAUGGCUGGGCUUGGCGCUUAUCCCAAGAAUUGUGAGCCUAAACCAGGAAAGGGGCCUAGUGAUUACAAAGCCUUGGAACAAAAAGACAAUAAAGAACAGAAGACGGAGUUUAAUUUUGAGACAAUCCACAACAUUGAUGAAUAUGGCGCUGAUUUUACCCCCACUGUGCGUGCUGGUAUGAGAUGUUGGAACAUGACUGUUCAGUUCUGGCUGGCUAAUAAUGUUUAUAAGCGGCUUAAACUAGCUCGUCCAAUCAAGGAAGCUCUUACAAUGUUGACAUCUGCAUACUGGCAUGGUGUUCAUUCGGGAUAUUACCUCUCCAUGCUUACUGUGCCAUUCAUUCUUGCAAUUGAGGACUAUUUUGACAGACUAGUGAGAAGGAAGCUUGGAGACACUGGAAAGAAGUUGUAUGACUGGUUCUCGUGGUUUAUCAAAAUGCAGAACUUUGCUUACAUGGGAAUGGCUUUCCUUCUCCUGAGGGUUAAUACAACACUUUACUAUUGGCAUUCAAUUGGUUAUCUCUACCAUGGACUGUUAUUCCUGAUGCAUUGUGCUGCUCAGUAUGUAAACCUUAUCCUUGGAAAGGCAGAACAUAAGCUGAAGAAGGCUCGUGCAACAGCAGUCAUUGAUGAGACCACAAAAAUUCGUUACAAACGAACCAUAGAAGUUCCGAGUGAGCCAACGGUUGCUUCGGAUACUUUGAAUGGUGAUGCAGUAGGCUCCAAAAAGGAUGACUGAUCAUAAUUUGGGUAUUUAUUUUUCAGCUGAGACAGGUGAAUUUCAUUUAUAGAUGUAUUCUUUUGACAUAAUAGUGUUUUAGAAUGUCUUACGGCUAACAUUCAUACUGAAUCAUAAUUUGAGUUCUGUAUAUUCUCUAACUUACAUCAUUUAGUUUGCAAAUUAUCCUUUACCUAAUUGGUGUUUUUCAAUUCAUGAUUAACAGAAGUUGAGGUCUCAGUUUAUAUCACAGGUUAAUGUAAGCAAAAUCAGAGAAUGAACACUGGAUUAUGCAGACCAAAAGGAAAUUAACAUUUUUAUGUAGGCCAGCCCUGUGAGAACUGAAGAUAUCAUUUCAGUGUUAAGCUGUCUAAUGAUAGCAUUUGUUAUAUUGUAAAUCCAGUCUCAUCCCUGUAUAAGGAUCAUCAGGGGAAAGAUCCUAAUGCCUACUGAAGUCAUUUUACAUCUUUGAAAUGCCUACUUGCUUAAUGAUGAUUUUUAUGGUAGUAUAUUCAAAACCACUAAUAAUGCAGAUUUGUAUGGAACAGAUAAUGAGGUAACUCAUUCACUGGAAAUAAAAAUGAUUUUACAUUAUUAAAUUCUCUAACUUGAAAUAAACAGCCAGGUGUGGUAUUUCAUUAUACAUUGAAAUCAAGAUGCAAAUGAUGAAACUGGUAAAUUAACUUUGGCAUAAUACUGAUGUAAUGUUGCUCAACCACUGAUGGAUUUUGAAUGCACAGGCUUGGUUAACAUUUUAAGGGAAAGACUUAUUCAUUAAUUAAAUUAUGAAGUUAUGAAAUGGAUAACUGACAUUUUGCUUAUUGUUUUAAUGAAAUUUUAAGCAUGGAAAGAUAAAGUUGUAUUUGGUGAGGCUUUUCCAGUGUUAUAGAGUAUGAUUUACAGUACUAUACAUAUGUCAUUAAGUAUAAACUAUUCAGUAUUACUCACUGAUUUUGGAGUGGUUUCCAAAUGGCUUUUAUGUCAAACAGUAGAAAGAUUUAAAUUGACACUUUCAUGACUGCAUCAUAAACGUAAUUUUUUUAAAAGGGUCAUUAACAAAACUUAGGUACAGUGUACCAUGUACAGACUUUGGAGCCAUAAUGAAAAAACUUACUAAGACUAUUCAUUAUUUUAUUUUAUUUUAUAUUUUGAGUACAAGGCCAGGGGACCAAGUUGGCAUUUUUUAUUAACACUUCUCAUUAUUGAAAGUUGGCAAAAUUCUUAAUUUGGCUUUUUAUCAUGAUGCCUGUUGUUCAUUAUUAUUUUAUUGACAAGGUCCGUAAUUUUGGCUUGGAGAUUAAGACAUAAAUUACUUGGUAGCAGUACCUCGUGAGUCACAUAUCCCCUUUUUAGAAUGAUUAAGUCAAGUGAUGUAUGUCUUACACUUAGUAGUAAAUGUAUUACAUACAGUCUAAUUAUAUGUAUCCUGAUAUCAUCAUAUCAUGGACUUUUCGGUAUUGUCUCUUCUCUUUGUGUUGUAAUUCCCAAUUACAGAUUUUAUUUGUAGCUUAUGUAAGAGAACAAAAUGGGAACAAUUAAGAGCUACAGUUGACUUAUGUUUUUAUCUUGUUUGUUUGGUAUUCUGCUGUGGUUGCCCUAUUGAUUUCCCAAGACUUCAUUCUGAAAAUAACUUGUGUAACCAUGAGUUUUCCAAUUAUCUCUAAAUUCCUCAUUGUUUCUUUCAUACUUUCAGUUUACAGUUGACCGAAUUAGAGUGAUGGUUUCUAACAAAAUUUAAGUUUUUUUGUAUGAGUUCAUUUUUAGUGAUAUAUUUAGCACCAUAAAUAACAGUUUUAAAAAUAAUAGUUAGAAUUUUAGGCUUACUUAAAAUUUAGACUUCUGUAACUGUAAACUUAAUUUAACCUCCAUUAUUUCAAGUAGUAGUAUAUUUUGAAGUAAGUACUAAUGAUUAUAAUUAAGUUUGGAUGAGUGCUCUGAAUUUGUUAUUUCUGUCUUGAAGAAAAUAUUAGUGCCACAUUUUCAGAAUCUAGUCACUUUUAUCUUAUGUAUCAACUUGUGGCUUUAAGACAUUAUAAACUUGACAGUAGUGUAAUUUGACUGGUUAAAAGUAUUAAGUUUGUUUCAAGUUUAUUAAUUAAAAUGGCAAUAUACAGUGUAUUAGCCUUAUUUUGGUAAUGCGUUUGUAUAUGAAUAUGUUAUAUACUGUAUUGUUUUGUUUAACUAAUAGUAAGAGAGAUUUAGUGAAGUUUAAUAAAUAAAAAAUAAACGUGUGCCAAAACUAAAUGUAAGAGUAUGUGGAUGACUUAUUUUUGUAGGUUGUAUUUGCAUGCAGUGUGAGAACUAGCUAAUGUACAGGUAAAUAUAGUAGUGUUCAUUAAAAAGUAUUAACAAAAUAAAAGCUUGGUGUUCUGGGUACUGUCAUUAAUAGUUACAUUUGCAUAUAUUUUUGUCCUUUUUUAUUAAUGCUAAAUCCCACAAUAUGAUGUUCUGGAUUAAAAUGUACUUUCUGGGUAAGAGUUCAAAUCCUGGUGUCAUAGCAAACCAGUGUUGGGCUAAAAAAAUAACUUGCAUGAUAAUUUUCAUUUCAUACAUGGCAAAGGUAUAGUAUUUUUGUAAUAUGUACUGUUUGUAAUAAUAUGAGGUGACUUGUAGUUUUAUGUACAUGUAUAUUUAUUUUUGGCUUUUUAUUUUCUUGGCACAAUUGAGAAUAACCAUACUGCUGGGUCUCAGACUCUGAAGCAUCAAUGUUGGUUACAGGCAAUUUCUUUUCAGUUGCUGUUACUCAAGCAGACUAUUAAUAAAGUAUGUGAAGAACAUUCUAGAAACACAUUGCAUAAAAAUUGAUGAAAUAUUUAAAUAUAUGAUUAUUAAGUAAAAUCAAUUUUACAGUCAGUAUUACAAACUGAAACCUUGAAAAGUUAUUACAUAAUUUUUAAAAUAGAGAUAAUUUUAUGUUGGUAAUCAAAGCUUUUAACAGGUUUAACCAAUAACUUUUUUCCAGUUAAAUAUGAAUUGUGUGAAACUGUUAUUACCCAUAAGUUUGAGAUUUGUGUUGUGUGAUUUAUGUACAUUGCACAAUUUUUCUGAUAUGUUAGUUUCUUGCUGCCAAUGAAUUCUAAGGUUAUAAAUAAUUGUCAUUAGAUAUUGGGUGAUGGGGAAACAGGCAGUGGUUUUACAAACUAAUUUAUAUGAUCCUGUUCCUUUAUCACUAAAAUCUCCCAAGGAUAUCUUUUGGCAUAAGAGGGGUUUGGUUAUUAUUGUUUCAUAACUGCAAGAUCAUAAAUCAAGGGGAUUUGAACAAAAAUAAUUGUGUAAAUAUAUCUGUUAACAGUAAUGCACAUUCUUUAUAAGAGGGUGUUUUUAUGUAAAUAUUGUUUGUGUGGAUGCUGUGAAAAAUAAAGAGGUAUUACAUCUCUGUAAAAGGGCCACAAACUGUUCCUUAAAUUUUAUAAUGUAGCAAAUAUGACUCAUUGUUGAGGUAAAUGCUUUAAAUAUGCUGUUACAGUACAUACUUUCAAAGAACUGUCAUGAAAGGGGAAAACUACAGUAUGGAGACAAAGCUGAAAAAAUCUUGAUAAUUGAAAUUCGAUUUUUUUCCAUAAGAAAUAGAGUAUCUGCUUUAAUGAGGUACCUGUGAUUAGCCAUUUUGGGGAUUCUUAUUAAAAUUGUUAUGGAAUGUAAACUAAUAUUUAGUCAGCAGAAAACCAGUUUAUUGGAUUAUCUUGUAGAUUAGAAAAGAUGUUUUGUCUAGUAAUUUUGUAGCCAUACAAACUACAGGUACACAUAAUACUGAUUGUACAUGUAGUAGUUUAUCCCUUAUUGAUUCUUCCAACUUGUUUAUUAGCUGAAUAUUUUAAAUGUACUUAUCCCUUCAUUUAUUUUUAUACCAAACUAUCUACAGUUAGUAUCAGUAAUGAUGUUGAAUUAUAUCACUGUUUAUAUUAUACACUUAAUAGUUUAAAAAAAAAUAGAUGUUCUUGUGGUUAAAAUUCCUGUAAGAUGUGUCUACACAAUCAGACAUGUCUGGCAGACAAAGAAAGUUACUGUAAUCCCCACACACAGGAUGGCUGGUAGAUGAGUGAAAUGUUAGUUAUUUACAGCAAACAAGCUUGGUGUCUGAUUGUUUUCAACAAAUUUGGCCCCCCCAGAUAGUUGUACUUGUGAACAUGACUACAGAUCUGUUAACACUGCUAAAAUGACUCGCCUAUGAUGUCAGAAGUUUCUGUCAGACACUGUCAGAUUAUGUAGAUGCACCCUUAUAUAGAUAUUUAUAUAAGCUCAAAUCUUGGAAUUGUGCAGUUUUUUAACACCAAAAUCAGAAUUAACAAUUUUGGAAAUAUUUUCCAAGCGUAAAAUGGUAACAGAUCUUCACUUCCAAAUGUUUUACCUAGAUUUGAGAGCAAGUUAAUUAUGGGAAAUAAAUGUUUAUACACAA